AUGGCCUGUCAUCGAGGUCCAAUCUUUGCGCUACGCUGGAGUCCAUGCGGCAAGUAUGUGCUCACGGCUGGUGUGGACAGGUCUACGAUUGUCUGCGAUUCGAUUUCGGGCAAGCAGAAGCAGCAGUUCCAUAGCCACGAGAGCCCUGCACUCGACAUCGACUGGGUCUCGGAAGAUACUUUCGCUUCUUGCUCCAGAGAUGCUAAAAUCCACGUGUGCCAACUGGGAUCGGGGGCGCCGUUGCGUACCUAUCGCCAACACACGAGUGAGGUGAAUGCUGUCCGUUAUCACCAAUUGUCCAAUCGACUGGCCAGUUGCUCGGAUGAUAGAACUAUUAAGAUUUGGUCGCUGGACGCCGACGAAGCGAUCCACAGCUUUGACAAACACACACGCGAAAUAUACACGAUUCGCUGGUCGCCAGUCGGACACAUCUUGGCCAGUGCCUCGUUUGAUAAGACCGUUCGUCUAUGGGAGACCGAUCAAGGCCGUGAAAAAGCCCUUCUGCGUGGCCAUACCGCUGUCGUAUAUGCCCUCGCGUUUGGACCCAGCGGAAAUGUGAUCGCCUCCGGUGGCGCUGAUCGUUCCGUGAUCAUAUGGGAUUGCAAGUCGGCGCAUCCGUUGACGAUCCUCCGGGGACGUAGGGCCGAUGGUGGCAUUUUUGAUCUCAGCAUCAAUCGUACGGGAGAAAAGCUGGCCGCUUGCACUGCUGAUGGCGCGAUAAUUCUCCUGGAUCUGCGCUUCCUGAAGAUGUGCGCCCAUGAUGGUACUGUUCUUCCCCUCAGUUGUUCG